AUGUACAAUUUCUUUCCUUUACAGAAAAACACUGGUAAAAGGUCAAAAAAGUCAGCUUCUCUUGCACUAAUAAGAACUGCUACUGGGUCAACUAAACACAAUAUUGAUAAGCAUCUUUCAGUCAACAAGCUCUCUCAGGAUAUCUUAAACAACUUCCCUCACUCGAUAGCCAUGCAGAAGCGAAUCCUGGUAAACCUCAGGAUUGUGGAAUACAAGCUGGCUGAAUUGGAACAUUUCCUACACACCAGGGGUAUUAACGGUGCAUUAGCUAACCAAAAAUCCCCUGAAAAUCUUACCAGAUGGAGUGACAGUGGAGGCAGUCAAUAA